AUGUGCUCGCUUUUGUUGGACUUAUCCGACGGGGUGGCGAAGCGAGAAGACGAGCUGAACAAGCUCUACAACUCCUACCGGAGCUGGUGCGAGGAAGGAGGUGUGCCUGACCGUGCUUCAAAGAAGUUAUUCAGCAGUGCGACACUCCAUCCUGGGUCGAAAGACUAUGUCUCGAUCAGUCAGAAGCUGCUCUCUGCCCACGCUGCUCGGUAUGCUCUGUUCUGGAUGGCCCAGCUAAUGACCUCUCUGCUGGAGCAGCAUCCUGGGUCCGAGUUUCACCAGAUUCUCGGAGUUGAAACAUAG